AUGAAGAUAAGAGAAAAUUAUGAGAAAGAAGAACUGGCAGAUUUUAGAACAAGAGAAUUCAAUGAGGAGUUCAUUGAGAAACAGUUGAAUGAGGAGUUUAAGAAGCUACAAAUGUUAACCGAUAAGGAACUUGAUCAAUUCCCUAAAAAUGUUACAUUAAAUCAUUUGAAAAAUAUUUUGGAAAUUUUUUUUGAUGAUGAUGAUGAAGAUGGUGAAGAAGAAAAUGGAAGUGAUGAUGAUGAUGAUGAUGAUGAUGAAAAUAUUGAAGGCGGUGAAAACGAUGAAGAAAACGAGGAUGAGGGAGGUGAAGGUGAUGAGAAUGUUAUAGGAGAGGAAAGUGAGAAAGAAAAUAAAGAUAAUGGAAGUGAAGGAGGUUAUAACGUUACACGAGGAGUGGAAAAUGAAGCAGAAAAGAUUUACAAACAAAGAUAA